GUGGGAUCACAUUAUUUGCAGUGAUUACUUUAAUUCUGGACUCUUUUAAAAUUGGAUAUUAUAUUGAUUUUUCAAACUGUUUAUCACCAACUGAAGGCAUUUUUCCUGUUACACAUGCCGUGCACACCAUCUUACAGGUGUACUUUCUUUGGUGUCAUGCAAAAGAUAUUAUCCAGUCUUUCAAAACCCUUGAAAGGUUUGGGGUUAUCCAUUCUGUGUUCACAAAUUUGCUCCUGUGGACAAAUGGAGUUCUAACAGAGUCAAAACAUCAACUGAAUGAACAUAAGGAAAGACUAAUCACGCUUGGUUUUGGGAACAUAACAAUAGUUUUAGAUGAUCAUGCACCUCAAUGCAAUUGCACAACAACAACUCUCUGCUCAAUAUUUUCUCAAGGAAUAUAUUACCUAUAUCCCUUUAAUAUAGAGUACCACAUCCUAGCAUCCACAAUGCUGUAUGUCCUGUGGAAGAACAUUGGCCGCAAAGUCGAGCACCACCAGCAACACAAAACUCCAUUCAAAUUCCACGGCAUAACUGUUGGAAUGAUUUUUGGACUAAUCGUGCUAACUAGCACAAUAGCCAUAGUUGUUGUGUAUUUAAUUCAGAUUGGACGUUCGAAAAUUAAAAGCGAGUUAGCACUUAUUAUGUUUUACUUGCAUGCUAUCUUUGUGUUGGCUCUCAUGUGUACAGCUGGAAUUGUCGCCCUUCUAAUCUACAGACUGGAAGAUAGAUUGUUGGAUAAUUCAAAAAAUCCUGCACGGAAACUUGAUGCAGAGCUGCUGGUGGGCACAGCUGCAGGGUCCUGGCUCCUCUCCUGGGGCUCCAUCCUCGCCAUUAUCUGUGCCCAAGCUCAUCCGAAAUACACAUGGUAUAACCUGCCCUACUCCGUCCUGGUUAUUAUUGAGAAAUAUAUUCAGAACCUCUUUAUCAUUGAAUCCAUACACCGUGAGCAGGAAAAGGUGAACGAUGAUAUUAAAACUCUUCGAAUAGUGACUAUAUCUCGGGGGAGCACUUUAUCACUCACCCCCUCGUACAAAGAGAUUUACAAUGGCAGAGCUGCUUGUGACAGCGGAGAGGUACCCUGCCUGUUUAAGGGCAGUAUUGGUGGGAGAGAAAAUGGUGAUGGUGGUGCUACACAAGAAACAAGUCAGGAAGAUAGUUCGGUCAUGCAUUCAGCCUCAGAUUUCUCAUUUUACAAUAGAAACUCAGUUGCUAACAACAAAAGGAGAAUUCUGAAGAACAUCGCUGCAUUUUUAUUCCUCUGCAAUCUUUCGCUGUGGAUACCACCGGCAUUCGGUUGUCGCCCGGAAUAUGACAAUGGACUAGAAGAAAUCGUUUUUGGCUUUGAACCCUGGAUAAUUGUUGUGAACCUUGCAAUGCCUUUUUCUAUUUUCUAUCGGAUGCAUUCAGCUGCCUCACUCUUUGAGGUCAAUU